AAGUUAAAACAAAAAAUGUCUUUAUUUGGCAGAGAAUUUGAAAAGGAUUGGCCUUUAACUAAUUUCCCUAAAGAUUUGACAAGUUUUGGCCAAGAACUUUUACAAAAAUGUUCAAGUGUAGAAAAACCUAAACCAAAUCAAACAAACGUAAUAGAAUUUUUACAAAAAUCUAAUGAAUUUCCCAUAGAGUUCCCCAUUAAUAGCUGUCGCAUAAAAUCACAAACAUUAGAACGUUUACCCAAUAUACAGCAGCAAAUUGAAUCAGCUUAUCCAGUGAUACACGAAAAAGUAUUGUAUUUGAUUAUAGAUUUUUUGGAGCAUAAAUUGAAGUAUGGCUCCUCUAAGGAAAAACAACUGUAUGCUCUUAUGAGCCUAACCGAUUUCAUACAACGUUUAUUAAGCAAACGAUGUGUCAUGUUUGUAGAUGAAAUUGAUGAAUAUAUUUUAAUUAGCGGGGAAACUGGUGAAGGAGAUGACUAUUUAAAAGUAGGCACCGAACAGGAACAGCAGCCUCUUACCUUAAACAAUGUUUUAAGUUAUGAUGAAGUGAAGAUUUCAGCACUUUUAUCAAUUACCUCAUGCUCGGAAUUCAUUAACGAUGGCAAUCGCUACAAUGCUGGUAGACCCGAACAGGAUUUAAGCAAAAUUGAAAGGGAGGGCAUAGUGGUGGGUCUUAUAGGAGCCCGCUUUGCCCGCGAAGAACGCAUGGAAUAUGAGGAUAUUUUCAUAACCAAACAACAAAAUACCCAAGAAAAUGGUUAUGGUUUAAGGCCGUUUACGAAAUCCUAUAAUAUGGAAAAAUCAUGGGACUAUAGACAUGUAUGGAAUAAAUUCUAUGAGCAACCAGAUCAUUUAUAUGAAGAAGUCUCUAUAGAUCAUAAAAGUUUUGGUAAAUGCUUUCAAUAUGAGGCUAUUUUUAAUAAUUUAGUGAUGAAAAAACGUUUUGCCAUCUGCUUUGAUUUAUUGCUUUUGGAGGCCAAUGAGAGAGCUUUAAAAGCUCAAAAGUUAGCCUAUAUACAUGUGGUGGGCAUAGGUUUGGGUGUUUGGCUGGCUGCGCCACAACAAGAAAAAAUCUUUAUGGAAUGUUUCCAGCAGCGUUUGAAAUAUUUAAUAACUCAACUUAAUAACAUAGCAGUGGUGCAUUUUUCUUGGUUUAAAUUAAAUGGAUGGGGAGAGAUGAAAAAUGAUUGCAUAUUGAAAUCAGAAGCUCAUCCCCGAAAUGGCAUUAAAAUAUUGAUAUCGAAUAGGAAUCCUAAUGAGAAAUUGCAUCCACCCUAUGAUAAUAUGCUGCCGGUGGUAUCAUUUGCUUGGGAUGGUAAUGCCUUACCGGGUAAUGAGUUUUGGAUGGGUUCUUUAAACUCCUCUAAUGAUCCCUCUGCUGCUUGCAGUACUUUAAUAACCGAACUUUUUAAUCCUCACAUUAAUACCCAAUAUGUUAAUGGCAUAAAUUUACAUAUAGCUUCUCCCAAAUAUGGUUUAGUACAUAUAAAAGAUUAUGCCGAAAAAAUCUUAAACGAAAAUGUAUAAUUCAGAUAAGUUAAAAAAUGAUUUAAUAUUAUAUAUGUUGAAUGUUUAAUAAAUGUUUAAAAAUUA